GGGGAGGGCAGGAUCACCUGCAGCACCACCGAGAUGGUCUUUUCACCAGCCUUGGCUGCCCGCCAUUUCCGGUAAUCAAGUAAUUGGACCGACUUGAGUUUAGAGGAGGGGUUGAAAGGUGAGAAAAUAGGGCAGAGUGACCUGGGUCCUGAUGGAAGAGAUGACAGGAAGACUCCUGAGGUUCCCAUGGAGAAUUGAUCUGGACACAAGGGUGAAGGUGGGUCUGGAUCCGCCCCUCCUCAGCUUCCUAUAAGGGCAGAGGACCAAGGACUGCAGGUUCACACACCAUGAGACCAUCCACAAGACAGGGGACCUUUCUGCUGGCCUCCACUGUGCUCUGCACCCUCUUGGAUCUCGGAUGGCCUCUAAGCUGUGAGGUGUGUAAAGGCUCCGGGCACACGUGCAGCGGCAAAAUGAAGACUUGCGAGGCUGGCAAGGACGCAUGCGUGGUUCUCGUGAGCGAGUCCAGGACAAAGGGCCGGCAGGCAGUGAGCACCUUUAAGGCCUGCAUGAAGUUCAGCGACUGCUACUCAGGCUUCGUCUCCACCACCAUGAGCCCCAAUGACUACAUGGUAACCAACGCACGCUGCUGCCAGAGUGACGGCUGCAACAGUGGCUCCGUGCCCCCUCCCCAGAACAAUCGUACUGAGAAUGGCUUGAUGUGCCCCUCCUGCAUCGUGCCCUUCCAGGAGACGUGCCCGGGAACCCAGGCAGCUCGCUGUGUUGGCCAGGAAACACAUUGCAUCUAUUUUGCUGGCAACGUGCAGGCUGGUAUCAUCAACACCAAAUUUGCCACUCGAGGCUGUGCUACAGAGAGUGCCUGCUACACAAAGCCUGGGGCCGAGGUGCCCUCAGCUUCCUACCUCUACUUCAUCCGCCGGGCAGACUGCCUUCCAGCUCCCUAUCCCCCUGGCCGGGCUGAGUGA